GCGGCCGGGCCUGCGCUGGAGUCCCGCGGCUCCCCGGGAGGGAGAGAGAGAGGCUCUGGGCCUCGCCUGCUGCGCGGCAGGAGCGUCUCGUUACUGCAGCAGAACUGCGAGAUUUGGGUAUCUCUGGGUGCGCUCAGUGUACAGCGAGCUGUAGCGGCACCUUAAAGGGCUGGCGUGAGAAAGGAGGCGCUUAGUUUGGAAAAGACCUUUAAGAUCAUGAAGUCCAACCCAAUCUGUUUCCAGCCUCUGUCAGAGAGUUGUAGAGAGCCAUAAGGGCUCCCUGAACCACCUUCUUUCCAACCUGAGCCCCUGGCAGCUCGCUGAGCUGCUCCUCAUCCGACCUGUGAUGCAGACCCGCUGCCCCUCUCUGGACGUGCUCCGGCACCUCAGUGCCUUGGGGAGAGAGCCCUGGGCCCGGGAUCUGAGGUUUACACUAUCAACUUGGAAUCUCGCUAUUUACUGAUACAAGGAGUUCCUGCAUUAGGUGUUAUGAAGGAAUUAGUUGAACAAUUUGCAUUAUAUGGUGCCAUUGAGGAAUAUCAUGCUCUAGAUGAAUAUCCAGCAGAGCAGUUUACUGAAGUGUACCUUAUAAAAUUCCAGAAGCUGCAGUGUGCAAGGGUGGCCAAGAAAAAAAUGGAUGAACGAAGUUUCUUUGGUAGUUUGCUGCACGUGUGCUAUGCUCCAGAAUUUGAAACAGUCCAAGAAACUAGAGAGAAGUUGCAGGAUAGAAGAAAGUAUAUAGCAAAAGCAACAAAUCAAAGAGAUUGCUUUGUGUUAAGAAGAGUAGAAGGCCCUAAGAAGACAACCUCAAAGAACUCUGAGCAUGAUUGUCCAUGGAGUACAUCAGGAUCAAGUAUAGCCAGUAACUGGGAUCUGUCCUGCUUUACAAGUUCUCCUGGGCUAUCCCACAGCACAGCAUCUCCAUCUGGGAAUCAGAAUCAGAGCCUGUUAACAUCUCCACCCUAUGAUAACAAUUGUGCUGAAAUUUCUGGGUACUUUGGUCAAAACACAUCUUUAACUCCAAGUGUACAUCCAGGAGGACAUACUCCACCAGCUUCCUUAAUGCAGCCAAGAAUGGUUCCAGCUUGCAAUGGAAUUGACAGGUUUAUGCCUCGUACAACUCACCUUCAAGAACGUAAGAGGAAAAGAGAAGAAGGUAACAAGUUUUCCCUCAUUGGAACAAGCGAGGACAGUACUGAAGUUGUUAUUGGUCCACAACUACCAGAAAUACCUAAAGUGGAUAUGGACGAUGAGUCUUUGAAUACUUCAGCUACAUUAAUUCGAAAUAAACUGAAAGAGGUAGCAGAUUCAGUUUCAACGUCUGUGGAAAAGCCAGAGAGCAGCUCAGCCAAACCAGCUGUAAAGCAGAGAAGAAGAAUAUAGAUACUGCUGGCAGCAUCUUCCAAUAGUCCUUUUGUAAAGAAUAUAGUUUAAAAUAUGUAUUUUUUUAUGUAAAAAAAAACUUUCUUUAUAUUGCAUUUCCCAGUGAUUCCCUAUUUAAAAUGGUGUUAUUCCAAUGGCUUGGAAUGAAGAAACCAAUAUACUGUAUUAUUGCUGCAGUGUUGUCCUGUGUACCUCAUAUUGUUACAUAUUUUAUAACUCACAGAAGAACUCUAUUUAGGUAGAGUUAUAGAAGUAAAUUCAUUUAUUUGACAACUUUAACAGCAAAGGAAUACUGAAGCUUAGGAGCAACUUGAAAUACGACUUUUUACUAGAUCACAAAGAAUGGUGAAGAUGAAGACCCCUUUUAACAGUAUUCAGCAGUGGAGUUACAACUUGGAAUUAUUAUUUAGGAAUUUCUCGGAAAAUUUUCUGUUCAAAUGACAUAAUUCUCUGUUAAAAAAAAAAAAGUUAAUUUUCAGUUAACUAAAAGAUUUCUAUUUAGUCCAAACAAAAAGGUACUGAACUGAAAUAUGUAUGCAGCGAAGACUUGCUUUUUAGCUUAGAAAAAGUAAAUUCAUAACAUGAAUGGUGUCAUCACUGGCAGCCCAGCCAGAACAUUCAAUGUUCUAGCUGAAGGAGAAAUUAAAAUUUUAACUGCUCAGUGGUAGGGGUAUGUCACCAAGGAAUGAUCUGGCAUGGAGGGCAAGAAGGCCCAGCUGCAGAAUGUGAUAAACUGGAUGAAAACAGAAAUGCUAGAGCCUGGGAUGACAGUGUACAGGACUGAAAUUUCCCUUAGUGAUGAGAUUAAUAUCUGCAGUACUGUUUUGCAACAACCCUGGAGUGGGAGCACUCGGGGGCCACCUUUGGAUAGCAGAACUGGCACUGAGAGGAUGAAGCCAACAGUGGCCUAAGAUACCCUGACAUUCACAGGAUUGGUGCAAGUGUCUGUAAGGAAAUGGCUUGUGCCAUUUUUUUUUUUAAACUCAAGGUUAAGGUACCUUUAUGUCUGGCAAACAUGGUCCAAAGGCUUCUAAGAGAAGGUUUUCAUCUGUGACUGCUUUUUCAAAGUCCGUAAAAGAAAGCUUGCCAUCAUGAUCAUAGUCCUGCAAAAGGAAGGGAACACUUCAGCAAAGGAUUAUUACUUGUAGUUUUGUUUAACAGAUAUUUAAAGAACAUGGAUUCUAUUUUUAGUUAGAUUUCCAAAUUGGAGGUCAUCAGUUUAUGCUCAGGAAAGAUUAGUGUGACUUCCCUCUACCUAAGGUAAAAAGGGUGGGAUUGAAAAAUUGAAAAGAUGGGCUUAAAUAAAAGGAGUUGGGAUGCAAGACCUGGUUUGAAGUGAAAAUUUUUGACCACCACCAUUGAAGGGGAGAGUAUAUAUAUCUUGCUUUGAUUAAAAUAUUGACAGUCUCCGGCUGCUCUGAUAUUCUGGAUUAAGCACUGUAAGACAAGCUUCACAUUAAUAACCUUGAGUUUAGUAUUCUAAUAGAAUGCAUACAAAUAAAUUGGAUAAAGACAUUUGAUGAUAGGUUGGUAAAACAUAAAUGUACUUAAAAAUGAAACUACUGCAGAUGCCUGUACUGAUGGAAUAAAUGCAGCUUACACUUUUGAGUUUUCCA